GAAGGAGAAAUUGCAAAAAUAAUUCGCAGUCUCGAUCCUGCUGGAACUGGAGCCAAGAGAGUUAGCUUCGAAGAAUUCUUUCCAAUUUAUCAAAAUCUGCGUGAUAGGCAGAAAAAACGUGGAGGUAAGAGUUUAUAUUCAUUACCGCCUUGCUUCAGGAAGUGAGCUUAACUUAAAUAUUUUUUCUGAUUUUAUUGUUCCGUAUCGCAUUUGUGUUUGAUAACUCUUCAGCGGCAAACUUAGGGAUUUUUUUCUUUAAACGAACUGAGCUUAUAAUUUUCAGGCUCAAAGCUUGACGAAUCGAUAGCAAAAGCUAUAGCGUACCUUAGCUUCCUUUAUACUACCUAAUAACAAAUAUAAGUUACUUAAUAUGCAUUGAAAAAUUAAAAUAAAAACAGAAUCAGUAAUAAGCUCAACAUUUUUGUCGCUCUGCAUUGAGAAUGGAAACUAUUUUGAUUCUCUUUAAGAAAGCUUGAAAUAAUGAAGUCAUAUCCGAUCUAGUAAAAAAAAUAUAUAUAAAUAGCUGUAAAUAAAAAGAAAUGACUAUCGUUUAUUACGUUUCCAGCAAGUUUAAUAGUUAUGUCGACUAGCGAGGUCUUGAUAUGAGUUUUAGGAAUUGAGAAUAUCUAGCCUCAUGAGAAAGGUGGAAAUGACUUGGAAAAUGAUUACGCGCGGAGUUUAAGGCUAAUUUAUUGAUUUCAAAAAAGGAAUAAAUAAAAUCAAUAUUUUCAGGAAAGUCUGGGGGUACUGGGUACUCUGGGAUAUUGACAUGUAAUCGCUCGUGAUAGACACGCACCCAGUGCAAAUCACUUGUAGAUCGUCAUCUAUGUAAUUUGGGUUAGGAUUUGUGUUUUAAAGAGCACACAUUGCCAUAUUCACCAUAGAAAAUAAAAAAGUCAUUUUGCUUUCAAGUAUUCUCUGCAUCAUGAUUGUCAAAAAUCGAGCUGCAUGUUCAAAUUCAACGCUGAGGUUGAUAAAACGGUAGUUUGAACUUCGGUGUGGUAUUUGCCUGAUGACUAGUUUCCAGUCGCCCUAAUAACCAGUUUCUUUGAAAAAAAUCAGGAUAAAAUUCAAGUGGUUCUGCCAAAAAAACAUACUUUCUUGUCGUUACUUCCAAGACGCCAAAGAUCUAUCUAUAUAGUGUGUGGGUGUGUCUACAAGCUCCUCUUUUAAUAACCAAUCUCCCUCAAGGUUCUCAGGAGCUGAAUUUAACAACCCCUUGUCCUCGUUUUUGUCAAUCUGAAAUUUUCCUUUAUCCCUCUACGGGUUUUCAAGCGUAAUUCACAUUUUAAAAAUAGAUUCAUGUAUUUUAUUUUUAGUUGAUCCGGAGUAUUUCAUCGAAUGCCUUCGAGUGUUUGAUCGCAACUGUAAUGGAUUAGUUAACGCGGCAGAGUUGCGUCACGUGCUCUGUAGCCUUGGUGAUAAACUGUNGCCAAAAAAACAUACUUUCUUGUCGUUACUUCCAAGACGCCAAAGAUCUAUCUAUAUAGUGUGUGGGUGUGUCUACAAGCUCCUCUUUUAAUAACCAAUCUCCCUCAAGGUUCUCAGGAGCUGAAUUUAACAACCCCUUGUCCUCGUUUUUGUCAAUCUGAAAUUUUCCUUUAUCCCUCUACGGGUUUUCAAGCGUAAUUCACAUUUUAAAAAUAGAUUCAUGUAUUUUAUUUUUAGUUGAUCCGGAGUAUUUCAUCGAAUGCCUUCGAGUGUUUGAUCGCAACUGUAAUGGAUUAGUUAACGCGGCAGAGUUGCGUCACGUGCUCUGUAGCCUUGGUGAUAAACUGUCUGUAGAAGAGGUUGACCAACUUUUAGUUGGCUUCGAGGACAAUCAAGGACAAGUGCUGUACGAGGAAUUUGUCAAGCACAUUAUGUCGGGAUGA